AUGGAUCAACCUGGACCUUCAGGAAACAGUCGAAAGCGAAAGCGAGUAGCUCUAAAUACUUCGACAAAUGAAAAGACCUUAAGUCAGUGGAUAGAGGCUGAGUUGGAGCGAGACUUCAGUGAUGUGGACGAUGAAGAAGUGGAUCCAGAUUUCUGUUUGCACAGUGAUCAUGACUCGGCUUCAGAACAAUCUGAGGAUGAAGAAACUCAAUCUCAACGACAAAGAUCACCCCGCAGUUCAGUUGCGAUGCAAGAUUCAGGUCUAUCUUCAAUACAAGAUAAUAUACACACGGAAUCCCAAAGAUACUACAUAGGUAAGAAUGGUUUUAAAUGGUCGAGCGAUGAACAAGUGAUGCGUAACUGUCGUUCACUAAGCCACAACUUGGUUGACGUACCUAGAUCACAGCCUAAAGCAUUCACCAACCUAGAAACCUUGUGGAGACAUUUUAUGGAUGACGAUAUUGCUGACAAAAUAAUUGAAUAUACCAACAAAAAACUUGCCCAGAUACGGGUAAAAUAUAAAAAUCAGGAAAAACCUGAGCUUCGCAACACGGACGCAGAAGAAAUGAAGGCUUUCUUCGGGUUAUUAUUUUACUCAUCUGUCUUCAAAUCUAACCAUGAGAAUGCCAAAUAUAUCUUUGCUACAGAUGGUUCAGGCCGAGAGAUAUUUCGUGCAGUUAUGUCUCAGUACAGAUUUCUUACACUUUUGAACUGCAUUCGCUUUGACGAUGUAGAAACCAGACAGCAACGACUAGAGACUGACAAACUGGCAGCAAUUUCGGAUAUAUUUGAAAAGUUUAUAUCUAAUUGCAAAAAAGUUUAUGUACCCGGUGCUUACUUAUGCGUAGAUGAAAUGCUUGUUCCCUUUAGAGGCCGAUGCAAGUUCAUAAUUUAUAUGCCCAAAAAACCAGCAAAAUACGGACUUAAAAUGUUGUUAGUUUGUGAUGCUGAGACAUUUUAUGUCUAUAAUGCUUAUAUCUACUGUGGCAAGGAAUCGGACGGUUUAGGUUUACCAGAAGAUGACAAAAAGUUUGCAGUUCCUACACAGUCUGUUUUGCGACUUUGUAAAGACUUUGAGAACACCAAUCGUAACAUCACUGCUGACAACUGGUUCAGCUCUUAUGAGCUAAUGGAGCAGCUAAAACAGAGAGGUCUGACUUAUGUUGGAACUCUAAAAAAAAAUAAACGUCACAUUCCACCUGAAUUUCAAGCAUCCAAAACAAGAGAACCUGAAACAGCAUUGCAUGGAUUUACAAAAGAUUUUACCUUGGUUUCUUACGUUCCCAAGAAAUCUAAAGCAGUUUUACUGAUUUCGUCCAUGCAUCACACGUCCGAAAUUAAUCCCGUUACCAAGAAACCGGUUAUCAUAAUGGAGUAUAAUAAGACAAAGGGUGGGGUUGAUGAAGUUGAUAAAAAAUGUUCAAACUAUUCCUGUAGCCGCCGCACUCGCAGAUGGCCUUUAGCAUUUUUUUUCAGAUUGCUAGACUUGAGCGGAGUGAAUGCCUUUGUGCUUUAUAGGCAGUGUGCUGACGUAUCAGACAUAUCAAGAGGACGAUUCUUACAGGAUCUUGCCCGAGAAUUAGUUUUACCACAUUUACAACGACGAGUCUACAAUGACCGUCUUCCAAGAGAGCUAAGACUGACAAUGGAACGGAUUCUUGGCGAAGAUUUACCGCCAGAACCUAGCCGCAUUGAGUCAGCUGUUGGUGAAAAUGACAAAAAGACUUGUAAGGUGUGUCCAGCAAGGCUGAAGCGACGCACAAGGUACAAAUGCGUUGCAUGUCAUAAGCCUAUAUGCUUAGGCUGUUCCAAAACAAUCUGCAGCGACUGUAUUGACUGA